AUGCAGGCUACCCUAGUGAAUAUUACGCAGCAACUUGUACCCUUGGCGUCACUUAUUGAAGAUGUAAAGAUCAUUAAGCUUGAAAUAUCGAAUCUUAAGAGCUCAGUUGAAUUUGCUCACCAAACUGCAAGCCAGUUGUCGGUGACGGUGAAGUCCCUGGAAUCCAGAAUUUCGCAAGUUGAGGAACACACCAAUUUGAUCCACAUUUUGGGAGCUGACCUUAAAAAGUUCAAAGAAGAUCUACAGGAUAAGGAACAAUGGGCGCGGGCCAAUAAUGUGGAAAUAAAAGGGAUUCCAGUGAAAAAGUCCGAGAACUUAUACGAUAUUGUGGAUAAUAUCAGUAAAGUUAUCCAGUGCUCUAUACGUAAAGAAGACAUCAAUUAUAUUGCCCGAGUUCCCAGCCUCAAAGCAGAGUCUCAAAAGUCCAUAAUCAUGGCGCUCAACAAUCGUUACUGCAAGGAAGAGUUUGUAGCAGCUGCGCGUAAACAUAAGGAACUCAAAGUUUCCCAACUGGGAUACGCCGAUGAAGGCCAUGUUUACGUCAACGACCAUCUCACGCUAUUUAAUAAAGCUCUUCUUAAGAAGGCGAAGGAUCUGGCGAAAACAAAAAACUUCAAAUAUGUGUGGAUAAAACAUUGCAAGAUUCUGGCCCGAAAAUCCGACACAUCACCGACGUUCCGCAUAAAAUCAGAAAAAGAUCUUCUAAAAUUUUCAUAA